UAGUCGACGACGUACAAGUCUGGUGUUCUGGCGUGCUGGCGAGGUGGCCGACGGGACAAUUUUCCCGCUCCGUCGACUGAGUUGGCGCCGGGAUCGCGUAACUCCGGCACGUUGAUGGGUGUUCUUUUGUUAUUAUAAAGAAAUCAAAAUAUUUUGAAAUGAAUAAAUAAAUAAGUUUAUUCUGUCUCGAAUUUCUCGUCUUCUCCAUGUCAUUUACUAAGCCUUUUGGAGUUCUAAGCAACUUAUUAAGCGAAGCUCCACCUCUGUUUGUCCUCUCUCUACGUAUUUGAUAUUCUCAGUAUAUGUCCCUGCAUGGACACCUGAAGAAGAUGGAAUCAUCAGCUCCUCUCAUAUAUAAUCUGCGUAUUGUCUUGCUCUCAGAUAUCUCCAAAUAUGAACUCUAAAAGACACAGCUCAAUUCUUCUCCGUGUCUACCAGAUAUUAUCUGUGCUCUCUGCAGCUUUCCUCAUUGGCAGUGCAUUUGUCAUUGCAGACUAUAAGCUGAGCAUUUUACCGUGGAGGUCAAUUGUUCUUGUGAGCAGUCCGAAACCAAAUACUUGUGAGGUUCAGUCCAGGCCGGCUGGAACCGAGGGAUUACCUAAAGGUAUUGUUUCUCAAACAUCUGACCUGGAAAUGAAGCCAUUAUGGGGCUCCCCAAAGAAAAAGAACCAGAAAUCAUCAAAGAACUUAUUGGCCAUGGCUGUUGGGAUAAAGCAAAAAGAAAGCGUUGACAAAAUUAUCAAGAAGUUCUCGUCAAGUGAUUUUGUUGUGAUGCUAUUUCACUAUGACGGAGUUGUGAAUGAUUGGAAAGAUUUUCAGUGGAGUGACCGUGCUAUUCAUGUGUCUGCCAUCAAUCAAACCAAGUGGUGGUUUGCAAAGCGUUUCUUACAUCCGGAUAUUGUUUCGGAGUAUUCUUACAUAUUCCUGUGGGAUGAAGAUCUUGGGGUGUACCAUUUUAAUGUCCAGAGAUAUCUGUCAAUUAUUAAGGAAGAAGGUCUUGAAAUAUCACAGCCUGCUCUGGAUCCCAGAAAGUCAGAGUUGCACCAUCCUAUUACAGCACGAGAACGUGGAUCAAGAGUUCAUAGAAGGAUUAAUAGGGUGAGGAAGGGGAUUCAGUGUGACAACAGCAGCACAGGUCCUCCUUGUACAGGAUUUGUAGAAAUGAUGGCUCCAGUUUUCUCAAGGGCAUCCUGGCGGUGUGCAUGGCAUAUGAUUCAGAAUGACUUGUUCUAUGGAUGGGGUGUGGAUUUUCAGCUUGGUUACUGUACACAGGGUGACCGAACGAAAAAUGUCGGUGUCGUAGAUUCUGAGUAUUUAGUUCAUUAUGGUCUUCCUACACUUGGAGGUCAGGAGGCAACAUCAUCAAAAAAUGUGUCCAGUGACAGAAAUGAGGUACGGAAGUGGUCACUCAUCGAAUUAGAGGUCUUCAAAAAUAGAUGGAACAAAGCUGCAAAGGAGGAUGAUUGCUGGACUGAUCCAUAUAAAUAAUUACAAAAUCAGAGAUGCUAGUGCCCAUUAUGAGAACAUACAU